CUCACCGCCGCCAAAGCCCGCCUGAAAUCCCAGACAAGGGGCCUUCCUCGCCAGUAUCGAGCAGUGAUUCCCAGGGGAGGGGGGCAGUAUCCCCCAAUUUGUCUGGAAGAACGUAGAAGUAGCCGGACAUUGGCUGCUUGUAAUUCAGUGUUUUUCCUCUUCAAGUGAACUGUCAGCAUCAAACUUGCAGCGAUGGACAGAAAGCGUCCAGGGAUGACCUCAGGGGCACGGAUGCCCCAUCAAGGAGCUCCCAUGGGGCCUCCUGGACCUCCAUAUGGAGGAACACCACUGAUUCGGCCAGGGGUGUCCAACCCAGCCCUAGACCCUAACAGAAAACGGCCUGUCCCGACCCAGCCUGUGCAACCUUCCCCCAUCCAAUACCGUACCAGAAAGAAACCACUUGGAUUUCCAGCAACAAGAGAGAUAUCUGCAAGACAGAUGGAGAUGAGAGAAGCCCAGUCAGAUCCUCCAAAUGGAUCCAAUGCCAAGAAAAGAAAAAUGGCAGACAAGAUUCUCCCUCAGAGGAUCCAUGAACUGGUGCCAGAGUCCCAGGCUUACAUGGACCUCCUGGCUUUUGAAUGCAAACUGGACCAAACUAUUAUGAGAAAGAGGGUGGAUAUCCAGGAAGCCCUCAAAAGACCAAUGAAGCAAAAGCGAAAGCUUCGACUGCACAUUUCAAACACAUUCAAUCCUGCUAAACCUGACGCAGAGGACUCCGAGGGCAGCAUUGCAUCCUGGGAGCUGCGUGUAGAGGGCAAGUUGUUGGAUGAUCCUGGAAAACAAAAGAGGAAGUUUUCGUCUUUCUUUAAAAGCCUGGUUAUUGAGCUGGACAAGGAUCUGUAUGGCCCUGACAACCACUUAGUGGAGUGGCACCGCACACCUACAACCCAAGAGACAGAUGGCUUCCAGGUGAAAAGGCCUGGCGAUGUGAAUGUGUGCUGUACCCUGCUGCUCAUGCUGGAUUACCAGCCACCUCAGUUUAAGUUGGACCCUCGUCUUGCACGUCUCCUGGGCAUCCACACCCAAACACGCUCUUGCAUUGUCCAGGCAUUAUGGCAGUACGUCAAGACGAACAAGCUGCAGGACUCUCAUGAAAAGGAGUACAUUAACUGUGAUAAAUAUUUCCAGCAGAUCUUUGACGGUCCUCGUCUGAAAUUCUGUGAGAUCCCCCAGCGAUUAACCAACCUUCUUCUCCCACCAGAUCCUAUUGUGAUCAGUCAUGUUAUCAGUGUGGAUCCAAAUGACCUGAAGAAGACAGCGUGCUAUGACAUUGAUGUUGAAGUUGAUGAUCCUCUAAAGAGUCAAAUGAGUGGAUUCCUUCUGUCCACAGCCAAUCAGCAAGAGAUCGCCUCACUGGACAACAAGAUCCAUGAAACUAUUGAGUCCAUCAACCAAUUAAAGAUCCAAAGAGACUUCAUGCUCAGCUUCUCCAGGGACCCCAAGGGCUACAUUCAGGACUGGAUCUGCUCCCAGAACUGGGACCUUAAGUUGAUAACAGAUACAGUUGGGAACCCAGAGGAAGAGAGGAGAGUAGAGUUUUACAACCAGCCCUGGUCUCAGGAAGCCAUCAGCCGCUACUUCUAUUGCAAGAUUCAACAGCGAAGACAAGAACUUGAACAAGCUUUGGCUAUGCGAACCACCUAAAACAAUUCACAAUUUCAGAUAUUUCUUCAUGUUCUGCUUGCAAUUUUCCAGUCUUUUUUCUGCCUGUGAACUUGCACUGCAAAGGAGAUUAUAAAGUAAUGAACUGGAUUAAAGUCAGACGGAAACCUUCAUUUGCAAUAAGAGUAACAUCCAGGAGCGGACUGGUCAUCAGGAGAACCUGGACUUUCCCGAAGGGCUGGCCGCAAAACGGGGCCGAAUGGGCCACGAUAAACUGAAAUGCCCUUCCCCCUUUCUAUGUAAAAUCCCGGGGCAAUUUCUCUUCACAGUCUGCCCCUGGUGACAUUUGUCAUCAUUUUAUACACUAUAUAAAUGUGGUGAUACGACCAGCUCAAAAUCGCAACAUUACGACAGACAGAGACAAACAUGUCUGUUUGCCAAUUAGAAUUUAUUUAAUUGGUUAAACUAACACUAAUGAUUCAGGCUAUGAUAACACAUUCUGAUUUCUAAACAUAUGAAGUGCAUUAAUAUGGAUGUGUAUUGUAAAAUGUUUUUAGAGAAAAACCUAGCUUUACACACCAGGAAGGUUGGUGUGCUUAUUUUUUUUUCUCUUCAAGCAUGUUGCACGAGUAAAAUGAUUUUUCUUUUUUGAAAUGCCAAUAAAUUACUUCAUUUAAUUAAAUAUUCAAUCACAAGUGUUGACUGCAUUUGCAUACCGUGGCCUGAGGUGUGCUUGAUGCACAACUGUACAAAAGAGAUAAUACAGUACAUGGAGAACUAAAUCUAUUAUGAAAAGUCAAAGUGUACCAUUAAUAUUCAGAGACAUUGAAACUAGCUUUUUUUUC